AGAGAGAGAGAGAGAGAGAGAGAGAGAGAGAGAGAGAGAGAGAGAGAGAGCAAAAAAGCUAUACUGCUAGAGUGACAAGGCACAAGCUAAGCGCGCGCGCACACACAAACCAAAGAGACCUUCUUGCUUGCCACUCUCGCACGGGCAUUGCCAACACGAGAACCAGCAUUUAGUUCGUCGAUCGAUCUCAGAUUCGCGAGCGAAGGCAGCAGCAUGGCUCGCGUACUCUCGCUGGUGUUGUUACUGGCCACGGUCGCGAGCAUCCUGCCGCCGUCCGCGAGCCAGGCGGCGACCAGGUGCGAGUACCCGAGGCACGCUGGGCACGGGUACAAGCACCCGGUGGGCGUGCGGAAGGUGGUCGUGGACGCGGGCGGCGCCGGCGACUUCACCUCCAUCCAGCAGGCCGUCGACUCCGUGCCGGUGAACAACACCGUGCGCGUCAUCAUGCAGAUCAACGCCGGCACCUACAGGGAGAAGGUGCUGGUGCCGGCGACGAAGCCGUACAUCACGUUCCACGGCGCCGGGCGCGACGUGACGGUGGUGGAGUGGCACGACCGGGCCAGCGACCGCGGCCCCGACGGGCAGCCGCUCCGCACCUACAACACCGCCUCCGUAACCGUUCUCUCUAACUUUUUCACCGCUAAGAACAUCAGCUUCAAGAACACAGCUCCGGCACCAAUGCCCGGCACGCAGGGGGGCCAGGCGGUGGCGUUCCGCAUCUCCGGCGACAAGGCCUUCUUCUUCGGGUGCGGGUUCUACGGCGCGCAGGACACGCUGUGCGACGACGCCGGGCGGCACUACUUCCGCGACUGCUACAUCGAGGGCUCCAUCGACUUCGUCUUCGGCAACGCCCGCUCCCUCUACAAGGACUGCGAGCUGCGCUCCACGGCGCAGCGGUACGGCUCGGUGGCGGCGCACGGCCGGCGCGACCCCUGCGAGCGCACCGGCUUCGCCUUCGUCAACUGCCGGGUCACCGGCACCGGCAGGCUCUACGUCGGCCGCGCCAUGGGCCAGUACUCGCGCAUCGUCUACGCCUACACCUACUUCGACAGCGUCAUCGCGCCCGGCGGCUGGGACGACUGGGACCACACCAGCAACAAGAGCAUGACGGCGUUCUUCGGGAUGUACAGGAACUGGGGCCCCGGCGUCGACGCCGUGCACGGCGUGCCGUGGGCGCGGGAGCUCGACUACUUCGCCGCGCGCCCCUUCCUCGGCAAGAGCUUCGUCAACGGAUACCACUGGCUCACGCCUGACGUCUGAACAGACGCUCAUAAAUAGAGCUGCCACCGAUCUGUCUGAUACUCUGAUACAGCGAACCAGAUUUAUUCAUUCGUACAGCACACAAACGCAGAAAAUAGAUAUUGUAGAACACCAUUUUUUUGUAAGCUACUUCAUACAUAGUAUAACAAUCCAGCAAGAAUAUAUAGUAAAAUUCGUUUCGUCUCGGUUCAAAA